AUGUCCAGAAAAACAAGGUGAGAAGCACAAACUCGUAGGAAAAUCAGAAUCCCUCGUUUUUCUCUCUCCUCUCACCACCGAAAGGUUUGACGUUCAUCAUCAAUGGCGAUGCCCAGAAACCGACGCACAACAACUUCUCUCCGCGACUCCGACACCACUCGACUCCCUGACUCCGAUAAGAUUGAAGGCGCCGGUAGUUGGGACGCUCUUGAGUGGACCAAGAUCGAUCAGCCUGUUGUUUCAAGGCCUGUUCCUCAUGGAUUGUCUGAUUUUUUGUAUGAAGCUGAGGAGGUUCUCGCUGAGGGGUACGGUGUUCUUGCCAAUACCGACGAAGCAGGUACCUUGUUCGUGACCAAUUUCCGUCUUCUUUUUUUGAGUGAAGGAUCCAGGGAUAUUAUCAAACUGGGAACUAUACCAUUGGCCACCAUUGAAAGAUUCAACAAGAUUGUAAUAAAGCAGCAGUCAGGACCUAGGCAAUCUGAUAAGACUCCUACACGACGUCUUCUUCAAGUUAUUGGAAAAGAUAUGAGGAUUAUUAUAUUUGCUUUUCGUCCUCGAACUAAACAGAGACGUGCUGUAUUUGAAGCAUUACUGAGGUGUGCAAGGCCCUCAAGGCUCUGGGAUCUGUACGCCUUUUCUUCCGGCCCAUCAAGAUUUAGCAAUAUUAGCCCUAGAGUGCGAUUAGUAAACGAAUACUUACGGCUUCUUGGUGUGGAAUCACGUCAUUCAUCAUUAAGCACCAUUGAAGAUGGUUCCUUCACAUCGUCUAAUAAUUGGUGGAGGAUUAGUGACGUUAAUGCAACUUACGAUAUGUGUCCAACAUACCCUUUUUCUCUGUUAUUACCAAAAUCAAUUAGAGACGAGGAUGUGCUGCAAGCUUGUAAAUUUCGUGCACGGAGUAGAUUGCCUGUAAUAUCAUGGUGUGAUGGACGCACUGGAGCUGUUCUUGCACGAUCCUCCCAGCCAUUGGUUGGUCUGAUGAUGAAUAUGAGAAGUAAUGCUGACGAGAAUCUGGUUGGUGCUCUCUGUACUGAACUUCCUGGUGGAAAGAGAGGACGCAGGAAAUUAUAUAUCGCUGAUGCAAGACCGAGAAAAAAUGCUUUAGCAAACGGGGCAAUGGGAGGUGGUUCAGAGUCAUCCGCCAAUUAUUUCCAGUCUGAGAUUGUUUUCUUCGGGAUAGAUAAUAUUCAUGCCAUGCGGGAGAGUCUUGUUCGUCUCAGAGACUAUUUGGAUACACACGGAACUAAAUCAUCAGACGGGAUGUCAUCAUUCUUGAGACAUGGUGGAUGGACUUGGGGUGGAGGUAAUCUCAGCAGUAUGUCUGCAUCUGUAUCAACCCUUGGUGACAGUGGCUGGUUAAUACACAUCCAAAAUGUGCUGGCGGGCUCCGCUUGGAUCGCUGCUCGUGUUGCAAUUGAGUCAGCAUCCGUGCUUGUUCACUGCAGUGAUGGAUGGGAUAGAACAAGCCAGCUAGUUGCUCUUGCAAGUUUGUUACUCGAUCCAUAUUAUCGCACCAUCAAGGGAUUUCAGGCACUCGUGGAAAAAGAUUGGCUUGCAUUUGGACAUCCCUUUUUAGACCGAGCUGGAAUGGCAAGCCUAAUGGGGAGCGGUUUAGAAUUACCGAGGCAGUCUUCAAGCGCGAAUUUCCCGUCAUCGCCAAUGCGCCAGACACCUGGCACAUUCCCGUCUCAAUCUCCAAUGUCUAAUCAGACGCAAACUUCAAACCAUUAUUCUCCAAUAUUUCUUCAGUGGGUUGAUUGUGUCUCUCAGUUAUUGCGAAUGUACCCUUUUGCAUUCGAGUUCUCAUCGGCUUAUUUGGUUGACUUUCUGGAUUGCACACUUUCUUGUCGUUUUGGGAACUUCUUGUGCAAUAGUGAGAAGGAAAGAGAACAAUAUGGUGUGUCAGACGCGUGUGGAUGCUUGUGGAUGUAUUUAGAUGAUAUGCGUGCUAAAGUGGGGAGUUCUCAUGUGCAUUACAACCUCUUCUACGAUCCAUCUAAACACGAGGGUCCGUUAUUGCCGCCAGCUGCCGCUUUAGCCCCGACGUUGUGGCCGCAGUUUCAUCUGAGGUGGUCAUGUCCUUCAGAAGCUCAAACCGGAGAGGUUGAAGCUCAGUGUAGGAGUCUGGUCGAGAAAAUCUCCGAACUUCAAAGGGCAAAGGAUGCUGCCGAGAGUAAAGCCCGAGAAAUGAUUGCCACAAUGGAAGCCGUAAAAGCCGAGAUACGCAACGAGAAGCAGAUCAGCAGCUCAGCCAUGAAUCUGGCAAGAAAAGCCAAAAGGGAAAACGGUAUCAUAAAACGAGCAAUACAAUCUCUUGGGUGUACAAUACACGUGUCGGAAAAUGAUGACUGUACAAUCAACAUUGAAAGGAAUCUAAUCGACCUUCCCGAAAGAAUAACUUCGUCCCGUUCAACCAACAGUCCACACUCGUAUGAUGAAAAGAUGGACAUGUCUGUAUCCGUUACCUUAACCCCUGAUGACGAUGACGUUUCCGAGAACCCAAUUCUUAGAGUUUGUGAAAACCUGUGCCCGCAACGGACCCGAGAUGGCGGGUGUAAGUGGCCUGAUUCUAGUUGUGCUCAACUCGAGAGCCAGUUUGUCGGUUUGAGAGCUAACUAUGAUGCUUUUGAUCGGUUAUCUAUUUAUGAUAGCUACUUUCAACCCGAAUGACAAACUGAUCAACACAUUUCGAGUAAUAGUAGUAUAGUAAGGUGCUGACGUCCGGGAUGUACAGUUUGAGGUUCUUCUCAAGCGGUUUUGAAUAUAAUACAUUGUUACCGUUUGGUUUUGGAAAUGUAUAGGUGACGGGUGCGGUGGUGGCAGCAAACACAAGAGGUGAUUGAUCAUAAUGUCUGUAUGUUUGGUAUAUUUUUGAGGUGUACAGAUUCUUGUUAGAUGUAUUGUUUAUGAAACUAGAGAUGUAAAAAUAGGCUCUGAUAAUUUUUGUUGGUUAAUAAAGUGAUUCGGUCAACCGCCCUCCUGAAUUGGUGUAUAGGCAUUAUUGCCUAGUGGAGAUGGAUAUGAUCGGGUGGUUCUGCUGGUAGCACGAUGAUACUCCAGUGGUCGUCUGUCAGUGAUCCAAAUUUGCCGUUCAAAAAAAAUGUCAUACCUGUUGGGCGAUUCGGUCAACUUCAGCGGUUUAGAAAACACAUAACCAUGUAAUAAAUUUUGUGGAUUCAACAAACACCAAGUUUUAUACAGGCAAAUGACAGUCCAUUUAUGUGGCUUAUUGUAAGUUAACUGAAUAUUAACAACCCCUAUUCGUCGCCAUCAGCGGCUGGUGGUGGUUGAGGUGGUGAAUCUUCUUCAUCAGAUGAUUUCUUAUUCUUGUUCGCCUUUCGCUCAUUCCAUCUUGCCAAUACCCA